AUGGUUAGGCUCACGUUAUGGUGUACAACAGCACUGAAAGCAAAUGCAUCCACAUUAAAUAUACGCAUUGCAAUCAUUAGUCAUGUUUCUGCAUAUCCAGUAGUGAUAUUACCAGUGAAUGAAUUAGUGAAAUUAUUUCAUGAAUAUAAGAUACCCGUCAUCGUUGACGGGGCACAUUGUAUUGGAAAUAUUAAUGUUAAUAUCGAAAAAAUGUCAAAUGUUGAUUAUUAUUUUACAAAUACACAUAAAUGGCUAUUUUCAAGUAAAAGUAGUGGCUUGUUGUAUAUACGACAUGAUCAUCAACAAUUGUAUGUACCGGCAUCUGCUGUUGUCGAUCAAGCGAUGACUGAUGAUUUUGAGUCAAGAUUUAUAUGGACAGGUACACGUGAUAGAACAUCAUUUUGUGCUAUUUUAACAGCAUUAGAUUAUCGAGAAUCAUUAGGAGGUGAAGAACGUAUUAUGAGUUAUAAUCGUGCGUUGGCACGUUAUGGAGGUCAUUAUUUAUCACGUCUAUGGGAUACACAAGUAUUAGCACCCGAUAGUAUGCAAUCAGCAAUGACCAAUAUACAAGUGCCUACAAACAAUUUUACAGCAUGUCAAACUGUGGCUGGGCAAUUGUAUAACACAUAUAACACCAUGGUGAGCGGAGCAAGUAAUAUUAGUCCAACGUUUGGUAAUAUUGCCUGUUAUUAUCGACUAUCAGCACAAAUUUAUCAAGAUAAAAGUGAUUGGCAAACAUUAGGCGCAUUGAUCGUACAAUUAUUAAAAGCAUUAAAUGCUUAUGCGCCUGGUCCAAAAGCAUUACAACUGUGA